ACAAUGCUCUUCAGCAGCACACGACAGAGACAGAGACACAUUUCAGAACCAGCUUUCAUACUGAAAGAGAAUCUCAGCAGACACUAAGAUGAAUAUGCCACUACUGCUCAUCCUCUUGCUGUUCAUUUUAGUGCAAGCAGGAGAUGCUUUCCCUACAGACAGAAGAGCUGGGGAUAAACAAGCAUCCUGGGACGACAUGAACGUGGUGGCUCACGGCCUCCUACAGCUAGGCCAGGGUCUGAAGGAGCACGUGGACAAGACCAAAGCCCAGAUGAGGGACAUCAACACCAAACUGAAGACCUUCAACGCUACUGUAGCCGAACUGCAGAGGAGGCAGCAGGAGCAAGAAGAAGCUCUGAAAGCAAGAAGCAUAACGGAGGAGGAGAGGCUGGAGGCAGAGCUGUCACAGGAAGUGAGGACACAGAACGAGGACAUCCACACCAGGAUGGACAGACUGGAACAGAAAGUGGAUGAGGUGCUCAAAGACCCGACACUGGACAGCAACAACCACACAGAGGUCUCAUUCAUCCAGAGACUGGUGGCGGCUCAGAACAGACGCAUUGACCAGCUGGUGGAGAAAAUCCAGCAGCAGCAAGAAAGACAGGAGAAGCAGAGCCUGCACCUGCAAACACUGCAGAGCAAGGUUGCACAUAAGAGAGUGAAGUCCCACCGACGGAGAGAUGAAGAGAUGGCGCUGAGAGGAGAGCCAGCAGAGCUGAGAACAGACGCAUCAGGUCUGGCCAGAGAUUGUCAUGAUCUGUUUGUACGAGGGCAGCGAGCCAGUGGCGUCUACACCAUCCAACCAGAGAGCUCCCAACCCUUCAGCGUGCUCUGUGAAAUUACUUCAGAAGGUGGAUGGACUGUCAUCCAGAAACGUCACGAUGGAUCCCAGAGCUUCAACCAGCUGUGGGAAAGCUAUAAGACAGGCUUCGGCAGCUUGAAUGGUGAGUUUUGGUUGGGCUUGGAGAACAUCCACUCUCUCUCUCGACAAGGCCCGUACAUCCUGCAGGUGGAGCUCUCUGAUUGGGCGGGAGAACAGCAGCACAACGCUCAAUAUCAGAUCAAACUGGACGGAGAAGAGAAGAAGUUCGCUCUCCACCUGGAGUCAUUGUCCGGGCUUCAAGAGAAAAUAAUGACGACUGGAAAAUCUGGUCUUCCUUUCUCCACGGCCGACAGAGACAACGACCUCUCCGCUGAGGCCAACUGUGCUGAGCUGCUUUCAGGUGGGUGGUGGUUCAGUAGCUGCGGUGAGUCAAACCUGAAUGGGAGAUAUGCGAGACGGCUGAGACAUCAUCAGUCCAGAAGACAGGGGAUGUUUUGGACGUCCACAAAGGGACAAAACUACUCUGUGAAGACGACUGUUUUGAAGAUGGCCCCCGCCACGUUACGUAAUUAGGCAGAUCAGUCUCAAUGAAAGAGCAAAGGACCAAAGAAAACUGUAUUUAACUCCAAUGAUCCAUCAUGCACAGGAUCAUCACAUAUUUCUAUGCUAUGCCAUACCGUCACUUGUUGUCAUAUUGACCGUUUUUUUACUCCCUUUAUAAGGGCUCCAUAAUCUUAUGUUGUCUUUGACUUACUGUAUGUGUUUUUAUAAACGUCUAUUUGGUAAUAAACCCUGUAAUGUUUUUUACAUUUAUACACAUUUUAUAUUUCAUUUAUAAAAAUAAAGUUUUAAAAAAGGUUUGAUAAA